AUGUCCGAAUCCAAGAUCAUCCUCAUCACAGGCGCUAACUCAGGCGUCGGUUAUGCAACAACCCAAGUCCUAGUUAAACACCCAAACCACCACAUAAUCAUGGCAUGCCGAGACCCGAAAAAGGGUGAAAAAGCCCUCUCUGAAAUCCAAAGUACCGGCAUCAAAGGCACCCUCUCUGUCCUCCACCUAGACAUCGAAGACGACACCUCAAUCGCCAAAGGCGUGGACAAAGUAACCCAAGACUACGGCCGAGUAGACGUAUUCAUGAGCAACGCCGGAACAGCCGCACCAGAAAUCAGCGGGCGCGAAAAGCUAACCAAGAUCUUCUCGACAAACGUCAUCGGCGCAAUGCUUGUCACGGAAGCCUUUCUCCCGCUUCUCCUUAAAUCCUCCAAGCCUUAUAUCAUCCAGGUCUCCAGUGGCUUGGGCUCAUUGUCUGAGGCGACAGACCCCGGCUGUCCGCACUACGCUGCGCCUUGGGAUGAGUAUCGUAUGAGUAAGGCUGCGCUGAAUAUGAUGACUGUUCAGAUGCACAAGCGGCUGCAGGGCCAGGUGCGCGUCUUUGCAUUUUGUCCUGGAGCUAAGAAGCAAUUGCGGUCCGUGCCAAUGGAUGUGGCAUCCUCCUUUAGUACCCUUGCCCAGGCUUUCUCUAAUACCGAGGAUGUGGAUCAUGUGGACAUGUGUGGUGUAGUUGAUCUAGAUGCCUUUUCGCAGUUCAUCACACCGGGAAGCAAGCCCUUAUCCGAUGGACCACAUAUGACUCUUACACACAAUGUUCCUCAAACAUAUCCACUAGACAGCUAUCUGAUGACGAUAAACGAGCUUCUCUCACCACGAACACCGGACCUCGUUCUCGGGGAACAGAACCAGCCAUUUGAGUUACAAAGAACAUUUGACUUGCGGCCUCCGCAUCUUUCUGAAGAGGAUCAUGAAUACUUGAUGUUAAAAGGGGCGCUGAGGAUUGUUCCAAUUGAGCUCCGCAACCAGUUGCUUGGGGCAUAUAUCAAAUAUGUCCAUCCUUUACUUCCAAUCAUUGAUUUACAGUGGUUCUUGUGCAGAGCCAUGGUUGAGGACGAAUCCAAGUUCACCAGUCCGCUUCUUCAUCAAGCUGUCAUGCUGGCUGGAAGUGCUUUCAUUGCACAGGAAGUUGCCAUCGGAGCCGGGUUCUCUUCGCGAAAAGCAUUGAGAAGGACAUUAUUCGAGAGGGCCAAACUCCUUUAUGAGUUCGAAACCGAAAAUGACGCAUAUACCCAAAUCCAAGCGCUAUUACUCAUGACGCAUUGGCAUGGAAGUGACAUUGGUCACAAAGACCCAAUCUACUGGUUUGAUCUCGCCUAUUCGACAGCAGAGCGUGUUGGUCUUCUCGGCAGUCUAGAGCUGGGAAGUUUCUCCCACAAGCACAGGCUAUGGUGGUGUCUCUAUGUUCGCGACCGUAUUCUAUCCCUUGGCUUCCGUCGCCCGUUACGGAUCCCCAAUAGCGAUGUCACAAUGUCGCUGUUGGAGUCGACGAAGUACUAUUCCUCUGAGCUAUAUCAUGAUCUCGUCCUUCUCAUGCUGGGAGAGGCCUCUGCUAUGCUCAAGUGGGAGAAUCAAGAACGAAUGAUGCUUCUAUUUAUCCAGGAGAUCAAGCUCGCCCACUGCGUCGGAGUAAUCGUGGAGUAUUUUUAUCACGACUCAUGGACGCCUUCACCAUCAGGAGAAUCCGUCUAUAAACUUGUUCCCAAGCCAGAGAUAUCACAAGAUGCCACAGGUAGCUGUGAACAGCUUCUCAAAACUUGGAUGCAGAACCUUCCUCCCCUAGCACAUUACUUCCCCCCUUCGCUGAUGUGUGAUCUACACCCCGAGUCUACAGAACUUGUUCUCUUGGUUCACCAGGCUUUCUUGUAUCUCCUCCAUCUUAGUGCAAUGUCAAUCCUCUAUAUAGCCGCAUCAAAAGGGGGAGACGAACUCGACCAAACUGCCCUGCCGGAGAUGAGAGGCUUGGCAUCUCAAGUCAACGAAACCCUCAACGAGCUGCACGACUGUAGCAUGCUGCAUUUACUCCCCGGAAGUGCUGUCACCAUUAUUGGAAUUAUCCUCGAGGCCAGUCUUCCCGACCUGAAGGUCUCGGACAAGAUCGUGAGGCAGCAGGCUAUGUCGAAUUUGUACGCUUGCGAAGAAGCGGCGGGGCAUCUACUGCAGACAUAUCCCGCUGCGGAAAUUGUUAUUUCGAAAGUUCAGAAUGCUCGUGGGCAUCUUUUGGGUUUGGUUACGACGUGA